AUGUUGAUGAAGGAGUACCGCAUCUGCAUGCCCCUCUCAGUGGAGGAGUACCGGAUCGGUCAGCUGUACAUGAUCAGCAAACACAGCCAUGAGCAGAGUGAGCGUGGGGAGGGCGUAGAGGUGGUGCAGAACGAACCCUACCAAGACCCGGAGCACGGCCAGGGCCAGUUCACAGAGAAGCGAAUCUACCUCAACAAUAAGUUGCCAAGUUGGGCCAGAGCAGUCGUUCCCAGGAUUUUCUAUGUCACAGAGAAGGCUUGGAAUUAUUACCCAUACACCAUAACAGAGUACACAUGCUCCUUCUUGCCCAAGUUUUCCAUCCACAUCGAGACAAAAUACGAAGACAACAAAGGCACCAACGACCAUAUCUUUGGCGGAGAACCCAGAGAGGAGGAGACCGAGGUGUGUGUGGUGGAUAUCGCUUAUGACGAGCUCCCCGAGCGCCACUACAAAGAGUCAGAGGAUCUGCGUUAUUUCAAGUCCAAAAAGACUGAGCGUGGUUUGCUUCCAGAGGGAUGGAUGGACACCCAGGACCCGAUCAUGUGUUCCUACAAACUGGUUUCGGUGAAGUUUGAAGUCUGGGGCUUACAGACGCGUGUCGAACAGUUUGUGCACAAGGUGAUUCGAGAUGUUCUCCUGUUAGGACACAGACAAGCCUUUGCCUGGAUUGAUGAAUGGAUAGAUAUGACCAUGGAGGAGGUCCGGGAGUAUGAACGAGCCACACAGGAAGCCACAAACGAGAAAAUUGGCUCCUUUCCUCCAGCCAUCUCCAUCACUGAGACCCCAUUACCGAUCAACUCACGAAACGGCCCCAGCAGCGCGCCCUCCACUCCCCUGUCCACUGAAGCACCCGAUUUCCUCUCCGUCCCAAAAGAUCGACCCAGGAAGAAGUCUGCACCCGAAACCUUAACCCUACCCGAUCCAGGGCGACGGGACUCCCUGUUUAAACUCCCCAGCUUUUUCUCAUGGAAUUCUAGUCCACAACCCGAGUGA